UCACACUAAACUCAGGAUACUCAGUGUACAACCAGCAAAUGCAGGGACGUGGAGCUGUACUGAUGGGGGUGACAUGUCAUCUUGUACCCUGGUGGUCACAAAGAUUCCAACGUGCAAUAUAACAAGCAAUCACAGGACUGAUGACAUCGUGUUACAUGAAAAGCUGUCCCUCGCAGUCGAUAUACAAGGGUACCAUUGCUCAGCAGCCUACAACUUCUCACUACAGACUGGGACAGUCGCUGAGCUUCUGUCCAAUGUUGUACAUGGUGCCACAACAAGCCUGGAUGUGACAGAAUCUCAUUUGGGAGCUGUGAGACUGAUAUUCAGUUGUCACACCCAACAGUGGAAUCUGACCUGUGGUGGUGUUACCAAACUUAUUAAAAGUAAUGAUGCAGGUGCCCCAAACAAUGUCGAUAUUGGACCAGAACAGACCACAAUAAUUGUUGCAGUUUCCUCUACCCUGGUUCUCAUCAUGGUCGUUGUCGUCGUCGUCGUUUUCCUUAUCUACAGAAAACAGAGCCACCUGCAUGAAUCAGACCAGUGAGUUAAGCAGACAAGCACGACGUGAAGCUGCCAGAGUCUUUUGCGAUGAUAAUUUUGGACUUGAAUUACAGCAUUAUUUAAACAUACAGUAAACUACG